AUGUCUGCGGUAGUGAUGGUGGUGGUGGUGGUGAUGGUGGUGGUGGAGGGCCAAAUACCAGGUCCCUCCAGCAGCAGAGUAAUGGUGCUACAGGAGGAGGGAAAGCCAUCAGAUCGCACAUACUCGCGCCUGCUCACCCCGUUCCCUGCCCUGCCUGCUUCCUUCACCCUCUGCUAUCGCCUGCUUCUUUAUCGCUAUCGUGAGGAAGGGACACUCUUAUCCUAUGCCUUAGAUAAUAGACGGGAUAACCACUUACGGAUUGACCACAGGCUGGGCGGUGUAUGGGCAGCGGUAUCCGGCGCAUGGGUCAACACACACGUCACCACGCCAGUCAGGCAAUGGACACACGUCUGUCUGUCUAUACACGCCUCGAGAAACUGGACACUGUAUUUAGACGGCGUGGCGCGGGAGGAGGGCGUGGUGGUGAAGGAGGAGGAGGAGGAGGAGCAGGAGCAGGAGGAGGAGGAGGUGUAUGCUGCUGUAGGAGUUGAAGGUGGUGGCGUUCUGAUUGUGGGGCAGGAGCAGGACACACUUGGGGGCGGCUUUCACAGUGACCAGAGCUUCAGCGGAGAAUUUACAGAAUUUAAUAUCUGGAGGGGCGUGAUGGAUCCUGAAGGCGUGUACCGGAUCGGAACAUGCGGCGCCUUCGAGGAGGGGGACGUGUUGGCGUGGGCGCGGCAGUCGUGGCAGGUGCUGGGGGGCGUGGCGUGGGAGAGCCGCCCACGCCCACACCUCUGCAACACCACAACAAGGCAAAUGAUCUUCUUUCCUGAGAGAGUCACCCUUUCAGAAGCCGCCAUCUUGUGUGAGGUAGCCGGGGGGCGCGUUGGGGUGCCCGCGUCCCCCCAAGAGAACACCCUUCUGUACCAAGCGUCCCUGCCCGCCGCCCAGUACUGCUCGGGGUGGCGCUCCCUCCUACCUAUGGCUGGGCGCCCACGACUCCACACAGGAACCAGGCUUGGAGUUACACUGGGCACCCGGAAACAGAGGCGGCCAUGA